CGAGCGCCAGCAGCGCGCUUCUGCGCGUCCCUGUAAUGACAGCGGAGAAGAGAACCAGGAAAAGGGUCUCGAGUCGACGCUACGUCUUGUUUUGACCUAAAACAGUGGAUUGCACGCGUGUGGUGCAACAGCAGAGGGAUGACGCAAUCUGCUUGCCACCUCUGAGAUCCGCAUUGAGAGACUGACAGUAUUGUGACACAGGUGUGUGUGGGCACAAUGUCUGCAGCCUGUCCUCCUCAAUCUCCCGCUGUGGCUAAGACUGAGGUGCUGGUUGAUGAUUGGUGUCCCGUGCUGGCCGCCACCUUCGCCUACUGGGACAACAUCCUGGGACCCCGCGUACGGCACAUCUGGGCCCCCAGAGGUCAGGGAUUUUCGCUGCUUUGUGAUGGAGAGGUCACGUUUUUAGCCAAUCACACUCUCAACGGGGAGAUUUUGCGAAGCGCUGAGAGCGGUGCGGUGGACGUGAAGUUUUUCGUUCUGGCAGAAAAGGGAGUCAUCAUUGUCUCGCUCAUCUUUGAUGGAGAACUCAAAGGGGAUAAGAACACUUGUGCUCUGUCGAUCAUUUUACCGCAGUCAGAGCUAAGCUUCUAUCUGCCUCUUCACAGUGUGUGUGUGGAAAGACUCAAACACAUCAUCCGCAAGGGACGCAUCUGCAUGCAAAAGGGUUACAACAUCAUCUCUGUGUUGUCAUCUGAGAUCGUUCCCAUAAUGGAGCUUCUCACCUCCAUGAAGAAACACAGUGUACCUGAGGAGGUGGAUAUAAAGGACACUGUGCUCAAUGAUGAUGAUAUCGGGGACAGCUGUCACGAAGACUUUUUGCACAAGGCUAUCAGCUCUCAUCUUCAGACCUGCGGCUGUUCCAUGGUGGUUGGCAGCAAUCCUGAGAAAGUCAACAAGAUUGUGCUCACGCUGUGUUUGUUCCUCACCCCUGCCGAGAGAAAGUGUUCUCGACUGUGUCACCCGGACGGCUUGUUUAAAUACGACACUGGCCUGUUUGUUCAGGGUCUCCUCAAGGACUCCACAGGGAGUUUUGUGUUGCCAUACCGGCAGGUGCUCUACUCCCCCUACCCCACCACCCACAUUGAUGUGGACAUUAACACGGUGAAGCAGAUGCCCCCCUGCCACGAGCACAUGUACCAUCAGCGACGCUACAUGCGCUCGGAGCUCAGUGCCCUCUGGAGGGCCGCCAGCGAGGAUGACAUCAGUCCAGACAACCUCAUCAACGCCCAGGACUCCUUCACCCCAGACCUGAAUAUAUUUCAGGACGUGAUGCAUAGAGAUACUCUCGUGAAGUCGUUCAUAGAUGAGGUGUUCCUGUUAAAACCAGGUCUGUCUCUUCGGAGUGUGUACUUGUCCCACUUCCUUCUUCUGCUAAACAGGAAGGCCCUGACACUGCUCAGAUAUAUUGAGGAUGAGACGCAGAAGGGGAAAAAAACGUUCAGAUCUCUACGCAAUCUGAAAACUGAUUUGGAUUUAACCGUGGAGGGGGAUUUAAACAUCAUCAUGGCAAUGGCGGAGAAGCUACGAGCAGGUCUUCACUCCUUUGUUUUUGGGAAGUCUUUCUUGACCAGCGUGCAAGAGCGUGACCUCCUCCUGAGCUUCUGACCUCUGAAUGUUGCCAGGAUGCCUAUGGAUAAUGUCAUUAGGUCUCUCGUCAGGACACUGACAUCUUUGUUUAUUUUGGGCAUAUUUGUAUGUGCUUUGUGUGCGCAGUGCACAGUGUUCUUGAAAGUACUUGUAUAAGUGCUGUAGUGCUUUGUUACAACACCUGCUGCCGAAAUGUUAAUUGGAACAGUUUUGCUGUGAAUUAAUUAUAAUCUGUUUAGUGAGGCUGGCAAAUUCUUAUUUGUGUACAAAAGCUUUGGGAACACUGUUGAUGCUUAUGAGAUUUUUAGCUCGUGGGCCGUUUCCAUUCAGACACGUUUGGUUUGCAGUGAAUGUUUUUUUUUGUAUUACACAAAUAGAUGUGUAUGAACCAUUUCAGACAUUUUGUUUACAAAUUUAUUGUGUGAU